GCGGGUUUGCUUACGCUGCCAGGAAAGAAAAAAAAAGGUAUGUUCUACUGCUACGCUCUUGUUGAUCCUUCUAAAGCAUUCCAUUGUUCCCUCACGCUGCCAAAAGUAAGCAAAUGCUGCAUCCUAUUUAAGUCUUAUCUUUUACUGAUGGUGCAUUCGCCAUUUGUGGCCACGAUUUGUAACGUCUCCUCUACAAAUGUUCUCAUGCUGACUUAAAAUCACAAAUCAUUUAUACAUAGGCCUAUUACCUCCCCAUCAUGCCGACUAAGAUUUUCCUAAACUAGGUAAUGGCUCUUCGUACAUCCCUGUUAACUCCGAUCCUUCUGAAAAUCGACAAAAAAACGUAGGAAAUACAUCCUCCAGAAGAGGUUAACACAUGCAGGUACCAACUUUCAGUAACCGAAGAAUCCAUGUUGCUGCAGCAGACGACCAGCAAGGUUGCAGGAGAUGCUCACCUGUUCCCUGUGUCUGAAUAUGAAACUCCUACCCUGAGUGCUUCAGUUGCAACAUCUUCCUCUAAGCAGCAUCUCACAGGUAUAUGUUCGCAGCGGCUCGUUUCCAGUUGUAUUCUUCUUAGCUUGCAAAUGAAAUCGUGGUCCACAGCUCCAUCGCAACAGCAUCUUUGCCUGAAUAUUAUCGUAGUUGAUGCCUUCAUGGUGCUUACAUAUUGCUGGGUACUAUGCUACAAGCAGCUCUUUACACAACGACCAAAUAAGAAGCUUAGCAUAGCACCAAUUUUUGGGAGCUAUUUAUUUACAAUUAUGCUCCUACAAACAGUUGCAGGCUGUGACCGUUUAAAGCAGAUUAUUUUGAAUUGAAAUGUCUGCAUGGUUCAGAUGUGAACCUUAACCUAGCUGAAAGAGGUCAGCUGUUUUAUUUUGCAGAGGUCAUCUGUUUUAUUUUGCAGUAUUAUCUACAGCCGUUCGUCUUUGCAUUCCAAUUUUUUGCAAGACGCAUUCCCCUUGACCGGGUAACUUUUGUAUAUUGUUCUUUUGCAGAUAUAUCAUUUCCAGCAACAAACAUUUUUUUUUCAAGAAACACUGAGCGCGCGCGCGACCGCUUAAUGAUUGUACUGUAAAUUGUGGUUCCAGUCGAGGUUGUAUUGCAGACUUUCCAGGACAUUGUGUACAAUCUAAUGCCGAACUAAUAUACGGCUCCUACUCAGCUCCUUUA